UGUGAAAGUCUAGUAAWCCUUGGUACACAACACGAUGAACGCCUAAACUAUUCAUCUGUGAAGAUUUCUUGGGGUUUUUAUCCGACUUUUAAGUUUAGCGAGGUUUUGGGAGCCUCCSUCAAGAAAAAACAAGCUAGUUUGAUAACAUGGCAAGUUCCCCAGCCAAGUACAAAUGGUGGGAAACAGACGAUAAAACAAAACGACUCUACACCGAACUACUYGCYGAAAAAAUCGCCAAAAGCCCCAAGAAAUCAGGUAGCACGCUCAUGCGAUCUGCAUCAAGYUGUAACGACUUAAGAUCGCGUCUAGAAGCAUUAGAAGGAAAAGGGACGCCACCMGCAAGCCCUGUAAAGCGAUCAACCUCAAUAAGAAGCCUYACUUCAAAUGAAGACACUGGUUCUGUACAACAAAGCCCGCGAAAAUAUACCUUUGAAACAGUUACAAUGGACACAYUGGCUAAGUACGAGUACAUUAAAAGUCCAAAAAAGAAACCUCUGGGCUCGAAGYCAUCGCUACAGCCAUCGCCAUCAUCAACAUCGUUGUCAUCGUUAUCWUCAUCSUCACCAGCACCUUCGAGCGGCUCGGACGAGGAGUACGACAAGAAGAUAGCGAACUGGAAAACAUACGAAAGAAGCUCUAGCAUCUCGUCUAAAGAGGACGAMAGCCCUCGYAAUCACACAAAAUCCUGGACAUUYCGAGGAAAUGACAAGAACGCGAGASAUCAAGACCGAUGGAGCUGCUUUGGUAAAGGAAAGAGCAACGAGAGGGACAAAACUCCCACCACGCCCACAAGAGGGGGUCURCCCCCUAAAUCCACACCUCAAGACUCGGACAAACGCAAGUCGAGUCCUAUGUUUAUGCUAAUGACGUCAUCKUCSAAACCGGAAYUAAAAUCGUUUGGCGGGAAAAGUUAUGAUACCRCAGGAAGCCCAGYGAGAAAGGAGAGACAGUCAUCAAAAUUAGCGGAAGUGCCUGAGUAUGGAUCAUCUUCAGGCGGAGAGGGCCUGGACGACAGGAGUUCAGACUCGAGUGACAGCGGAAGAGGAACGGAAAGGGCCUUUUCACGAGGAAAAGGCGAGCGUUCUUAUCGUACUCCGAAGAGCGAGCGGGAUUGCUUAGUGACAAUCAAAGAAAGUGAUAACAACAACAACGCGUCUACGGACGCCAUGAAGACAAUCAAGAACAACAACAACAGCAACAACGUUGCUGGAAAACCUCCAAAAMMUCAUCAAUCUGACCAGGAAGAGAUGGAUAUUAACCAGAUUUCCAAGAAAUUCCAAGCGCUGUGUGAAGAAGUUGAGCAACUUGAAUUCAAAAUGUCUGAAUUCGCUAACGACAUUCAAAARCUAAAACUCUCCAUUGGGAUUAAAGACAAGGAAGGUGCUAACAUGGAAGUAGAAAGCCCUAAGCAUCACUUUCGUCAUGCAUUCACUCUGGCUGCUGGGAAGGACUUGUUAUCAGAGAGGGCGACAGCUAGGGCGUUGCUCAUGAGACAAUAYUCCUCUCCAACUAAAUCACCAAGAAACAUUUCAAAGCUGCUUAAAGAUACAGGAAUUGACAAAGAAAUGGCUGAGGUGGAUGCAAAGAAGACGAAAGCAUUAGAAGAAGAACUAAGGAAAGUCAACGAGAAAGAUUUAACUGAUGAAGAAAUACAAGACGUACUCAGAAAUGCCAAGGCAAGGUACAUUGACAGGCCAAACUACCUGGAAGACAUUGGUUUUGGUAAUUCCAGGAAAAAAGGCUAAAUAAAGUACAUAUCAAAUUAAGCAACUAUUGAAAAAUCACAAACUAGCGAUACAGAGAUCCUAUGUUGGAUGAUUAUUGGUGAUCAAAUCAUUCUCAUUUGGAACUAGAAACUGCUCUCUAAAUUAAACAUACAACCCUGAUAAACCAUAAUUCAAGAAGUCAUUGUAUAUCCUUAAAUUUUCCUGUUUUCUUAUUUUGCUGUUUAUUGGUGUUUGACUUUUAUUACAUUCUAUGAAAUAAUAAAAAAAUAUAGGUCAAUUCAGAUCUGAAUUGAAAACUUAUUCUGUAGACUCAGCCAUAUUAAACAGGAGCUUGAUUUUUUAAGGCAUUUUGAUGAACACUUCUAAUGUUAUAAUUAACUAUAUUUAAUACUAAUUUUAACUUGUGUAAUACUUUAUUGAUUUUGAAUUAGUAUUUUUAUAGAUUGAGUUUAGGACAAUUCAACAUCUGUUCUGUUUUGAUGAAUCAUACAUUAUUGUAAAAAGCUGCAAAACUCACAUAUUGGAAAUAGGCCAUUUGCAUUAUGGCGUAACUUUACUACAACUACCAGGGAGCCUUGCACAUUUUCAUUGUUAUUCAGAUUUUAAAUUCCCUUGGAAUUUGAAUUAUGCCAUAAUUUUACUACAACUACCAGAGAGCCUUGCGCAUUUUCAUUGUUAUUCAGAUUUUAAAUUCCCUUGGAAUUUGCAU